GCCGGGGGACGGCGGCGCCGCCCGCUUCGGGCUGGAGGAGCUGCGCCUGGCCAGCACCACCUUCGCCCUGGCCGGAGACUCGGCGCACAACCAGGCCAUGGUGCACUGGUCCGGCCACAACAGCAGCGUGAUUCUAAUUCUGACAAAGCUGUAUGACUACAACCUGGGAAGCAUCACAGAGAGCUCUCUUUGGAGGUCAACAGAUUAUGGGACAACAUAUGAGAAACUGAAUGAUAAAGUUGGUCUGAAGACUAUUUUGAGCUACUUGUAUGUUUGCCCAACAAACAAACGUAAGAUUAUGCUGCUGACUGAUCCAGAAGUUGAAAGCAGCUUAUUAAUCAGUUCUGAUGAAGGAGCCACCUAUCAAAAAUACCGCCUGAACUUCUACAUCCACAGUCUGCUCUUCCACCCCAAACAGGAAGAUUGGAUCCUAGCCUACAGCCAAGAUCAGAAGUUAUUCAGUUCCGUGGAGUUUGGCAGAAGAUGGCUGCUCCUACAUGAGGGAGUUACACCAAACAGGUUCUACUGGUCUAUGAUGGGGAAUGGAAGAGACCCUGACCUCGUGCACCUGGAGGCAAGGACAGUGGAUGGUUAUGCCCAGUACAUCACCUGCAAGAUGCAGAACUGCAGUGAAGCCACUCGCAGCAAACCCUUUCCAGGCUACAUUGACCAUAACUCCCUGAUCGUCCAGGGUGAUUAUGUCUUUGUUCAGCUGACAUCAGGAGGAAGACCACAUUAUUACGUUUCUUAUAGGAGGAGCCCAUUUGCACAGAUGAAGCUGCCAAAGUACUCCUUGCCCAAGGACAUGCAUGUUAUCAGCACAGAUGAGAAUCAGGUGUUUGCAGCUGUGCAGGAGUGGAACCAGAACGACACAUACAAUCUGUACAUCUCCGACACCCGAGGGAUCUACUUCACCCUGGCCUUGGAAAAUGUCAAGAGUAGCCAAGGGCUGGAGGGGAAUGUGAUGAUUGACCUCUAUGAGGUAGCAGGGAUAAAGGGAAUGUUCUUGGCUAACAAGAAGAUUGACAACCAAGUGAAAACUUUCAUCACCUACAAUAAAGGGAGAGACUGGAGUUUGUUGCAGGCUCCGCACACGGAUCUGAGAGGAAAUCCCAUUCACUGUCUCCUACCCUAUUGCUCCCUUCAUCUUCACUUGAAGGUCUCAGACAACCCCUACACCUCAGGAAACAUCGCCAGCCGAGACACUGCCCCCAGUAUUAUUGUAGCUUCAGGUAAUAUAGGCACUGAACUAUCAGACAAUGACAUCAGCAUGUUUGUUACUUCUGAUGCUGGCAACACUUGGAGACAGAUCUUUGAGGAAGAGCACAGUGUUCUGUACCUGGACCAAGGUGGUGUACUGGUUGCCAUGAAACACACAUCUCUGCCUAUCAGACACCUCUGGUUAAGUUUUGAUGAAGGGAGAUCUUGGAGCAAAUACAGUUUCACAUCCCUCCCACUGUUUGUAGAUGGAGUUUUAGGGGAGCCUGGAGAGGAAACCCUCAUCAUGACUGUGUUUGGACACUUCAGCCACCGCUCGGAGUGGCAGCUGGUGAAAGUCGACUACAAAUCCAUUUUUGAUCGGAGGUGUGCAGAAGAGGACUACAGGCCUUGGCAGCUGCACAGCCAGGGAGAAGCCUGCAUCAUGGGGGCAAAGAGGAUCUACAGGAAGCGCAAGUCCGAGAAGAAGUGCAUGCAGGGGAAGUACGCUGGGGCCAUGACCUGGGAGCCCUGCCUGUGCACGGAGGCUGACUUUGACUGUGAUUAUGGAUAUGAACGGCACAGCAAUGGCCAGUGUUUACCAGCCUUUUGGUAUAACCCAUCCUCCGUGUCAAAAGACUGCAGCCUUGGACAGAGCUAUCUCAACAGCACUGGGUACCGGAAGGUGGUGUCCAACAACUGCACGGGCGGGGUGCGGGAGCGGCUGACGGCCAAGGCACAGCAGUGCCCGGGCAGGGCGCCGCAGGGGCUGCGCGUGCUGACGGCCGACGGGCGGCUCACGGCCGGGCAGGGCCACAACGUCACCUUCCUGCUGCAGCUCGACGAGGGAGACCUCCAGAGGUCCCUCAUUCAGGUGGAUUUUGGAGAUGGUAUCGCUGUGUCAUAUGCCAAUCUGAGCUCAACAGAAGAUGGGAUCAAGCACAUCUACCAGAACGUGGGCAUAUUCCGGGUGACCGCGCUGGUGGAAAACAGCCUGGGCUCUGACAGCGCUGUCCUCUACCUGCAUGUGACCUGCCCCCUGGAACACGUUCACUUGUCUCUGCCCUUUGUCACCACGAAGAACAAGGAGAUCAACGCCACAGCAGUGCUGUGGCCCAGCCAAGUGGGAACACUCACUUAUGUCUGGUGGUUUGGGAACAACACAGAGCCACUGAUCACAUUGGAAGGGAGCAUCACAUUCACAUUUUCUGUGGAAGGGAUGAACACCAUCACUGUUCAGGUCUCAGCAGGAAACACCAUUCUUCAGGACACAAAGACUAUUGCAGUGUAUGAGAAAUUUCAGUCCCUGAGGUUAUCGUUCUCUCCAAACCUUGAUGACUACAACCCAGACAUCCCAGAGUGGAGAAGGGACAUCAGCAGAGUAGUCAAGAGAGCCCUGGUGGAGGCUACAGGUAUUUCCAGCAAGCACGUUCUGGUUGCAGUGCUCCCUGGCCUGCCCACGUCUGCUGAACUCUUCAUUUUACCAUAUCAGGAUGCCACAGGAGAAAAAAAAAGAGCAGCAGCAAACCUAGAGCAGAUCUCAGAAAUGCUGAUCCAGAAACUGAAUCAAAACCUGGUCCAUUUUGAGUUGAAGCCAGGAGUUCGAAUCCUUGUCCAUGCUGCCCAUUUAACAGCAGCUCCCCUGGUGGACCUCACUCCCAGUCACAGUGGCUCAGCCAUGCUGAUGCUCCUCUCUGUGGUUUUUGUGGGACUAGCUGUGUUUGUCAUCUACAAAUUCAAAAGAGCAACCUCAGGCCACAGUGCAGAACCCAAGGAAAGGAAAUGCAACCAAGGUAGUCUGGACAGAGGACUUCCAAAAAGCCUGUGGAUCACCAAGAGAUUUCAAGCCAAGACUCAGAGCGGAAGUAUUUCCACAGCUGCUGAGCCCCAGAGCACAAAAGAAAUCCCUACCUAUGUAAAUGGUUGAACUGAGGACACCAACAUCUGUAUCUAAAAAAAGGAGGAGAGCUCACUGCAUUUGGACUUUUUAAUUCUUCAGAUGACAAAGGGUUUUUAGCUUUAAGCCUGUGCAUGUGGACAUUAUACUGAGACCAUAGUGGAACUGCAUUGUACAGGUGUUCAAUUUUAGUGGGGGGUGGGGGGAGAGGAACUGGUACCACUAUUCACUCCUGCAGCCCUUCCCCUCACCCUUCCACUCUCUUUUUUCUGAUCUGUCUCUAAUUUGUAGAAAAUUCAUAAUGUUAUAGGCCAAGAAUAUGCAUGGGGAGGGUCUCCUCUUUAGGGGGAGGGGUGGGCUGGGAUGUGGGGGGAGAAGGGCUGGGUGGUGGGAGGUGGGUUUAGGGUUCUUGGCUUUAGGUUUAACUGCUCUUUUAGCACUUGGGGCUGCGGGAGGGGUAGCUGCUCCGGCAGGACACACACACAAAUCACACUGGAGUUUUAAGGCACUGAAAGUAUUCUUGGUCAGUCUGGUUUACCUGUCUGUUUGGACUCUGCCCUUCGUUCCUCUAGCUGCAGCUGCUGCCCGUGCCCUGUGAGGAGCUGAGUGUGAGUGUGGGUGAUGCCAGCUGCGAGGCCAGGCUCCUUCAAGAACAGCUUGGUCAGCCUGCUCACACCUAGGCAUCCCACUGGUAGUGCCAUGGAGGAUAACAUUGCCUCCUGACCCUAGAACAGAACAGAGGCAGUGUGCACUGCAGAUGAGGUUAUUGCCAGCAAGAACUUACUGUGCUUUGUGCCAGCUUACACCUUCAAUUUUGGCUGAGAGAAAGCAACACCCUCAGCUCCAUGGAGUGCUGAUGGCUGAGUUUGUCUGGGGCAGUCACAAGAGAUCUCUGCCUUUGCAGAGUCACCCAAAGGGUGUCAGUUUUUGGAAAUGCACCUUGUCCAUAGAAUAGGGAGCAGAGAAGGUCUCUGCACAGUUUUCCUAUGGCUUUCUUUGGCACCCCCAUUGGUUGCAGACCUGUAAGCUCCUGCCACUGUGGGCAGAGAAGGGAGAAUUUGGCCUGGGACUGUUGCCAUGCAUUUUGAGCCUCAGCACCACAGGACCACUCUUACACCAGAUUUGAUUUCUUACCAGUAACUUAAGCUUGUUUCUUACCCUGCAAGUGGAAGUGAGGCUGUAGGACAUGUUCACAUAGGCUGUGCAAGGGAACAGCAUGAAAGCAGGAUUAGCACACCUCAGACACGUCCUCCAAAGACACUGGAGAGCUGUGUGAAGCCCAGCCCCUGGUCAUUACAACUGUUGAUUUCCAACCCCACUCAGGUAAUUAAACCUAGCACCAGGGUUUUGGUUUGGAGUGCAAAGACAGAAGUACUGUAACCAGUGUACACUUGCCCAUGUCAGGUGGAGGCAGUAGAGGCCAGGUCACAAUCAGCGAGGCACACAUAGGAGGCACCCUGACUGCUGACACAGGUGGGGUUUGUUCAGUAGACAGUGCCAUGAGUCAAAACCAGGAGAAAGCAGCAUGGUCAGUGUGGCCCAGAGUCCCAGGGCAGGGAUUUGGUGGUGGUGGGUUUGAAUUUCUCUGUCACAAACUGGGCACAAACCUAAAUCAACCCACUUGCUGGCAAAACAAAAAUGAUACCAAGGUCAUUAGUCCCAUAGUAGUUAAAGGAUAAUCACAGUACAGAGUCCUCUGCCUCUCUCUGCAGUUUCUCUGAGGACUGGUAGAAACAGCAAUUUAUAGGCUUUGCUAUUGUGUUUGCAACUACAGCUUUAAGAAAGAUGGGAAAAUUUUGACUGCAACUGUAUAAUAGUCCCCACUGAAGUCCAACAUUAGCCAACUUAUUUUUAUAGUAAGCCAAUCAAAAAGUUUUCUUAUAGUGUUGGAACAAUUUCUAAUUUUAAAAUUACUUUUUUUGAUGUACUUUUUCAUCUUCUUUUUCCCUUUCGUU